AUUUAUUGACUUAUUUUUCCUGCUGAGAUAGAUUUUUAUGAAAAGUUAAUCAUGGAGGUCGAAUUUGAAACCAUGUUUGCUGACGAAUUGGAUGCUAUGAACGAUUUGGAUGAUAGUUUUCCAAGCACUCCAGCACCCAAGUCAAAGAAGAGUUUGGCCUUCACAACACCCAAAGUUUGCUCUCAAAACCUUGAUGACAGUAUAUUGCCAUCCCUCGAUGACAGUCCAGUGUCAACUAAUGUUACCCAAGUCACAUCUUCGAAGCCCAUAAGUUGUUCAUUGUCAUCGAGGAAGCGAAAGGAGUAUGAGUUAUUUGGACCAUUGUCUGAUGAUGAACCAGAAGAAGAUGCAGUUGAUGGCAUGCUUGAUCUCCCAGGCAUCGAACCAAGAAGAAAAAAACAACGAACACAAAAUUCAGGAAUUUCCACUUCUGCUGCGAUGGUCACAAAUGAAGAUGACUAUUUUGAUGACUUUGCGAUUUCUCCUCCACCAUCACCAGACAAGCCAAAGUCGAAGGAUAUAAGAUCUUAUAAGAGGAACACUAAUUUGUAUGAUAUCGACCAGGAAUACCAUGACAGGAUCAUGGCAAAUUAUGACUAUGAAAGACAACAUCUGUUGACCAGAAUGCCCGACACAGAUUUCAUCUCGCUCACGAGUGGCAAGUCUGGGAAACGAUAUUACCUGGCACAGAAGGAUGAGGAAGAUUUGACGCAGGAGCUCAAUACAGUGGCCAGCGCGUCGCGUAGUGUCCAGCUGCUCACCACGCCGUACUAUGAGCUGAAAAUACAAGUUGAGGAUGACAAGAGGAAGAGGAUUGUGGAAGAAUCUGAACGAUUGACUCGAGAAUUGUUAAGGCGGGAGCAAGAAGAACGUGACGAAAUUGAUGAUGAAGUUGAAUCCCGGGAUGAAUUGGAUUUCAAACUUUGGGUGGAACUGUACACACCGAGGGCAUACACAGACCUUCUGAGUGAUGAGAGUACCAACAGAACCUUACUCAGCUGGAUAAAGCUGUGGGACUAUGUUGUCUUUGGCAAGGACAAACCUAUUAGAAAGACUGCAAAGAUCCAGGUCAAGACUAAAGCAGACGGAAAGAAGGAAUUUGUCAAGAGAGAUUACCGUAAAGAGCAGAUGGCAAUAGAAGAGGAGCUGGACAGUUUGAACCGACCGAAACAUAAAGUGGUGAUGUUAUGUGGUCCUCCGGGUCUCGGCAAGACAACGCUGGCUCAUGUGAUAGCACGGCAUGCUGGGUACUGUGUCGUUGAGAUAAACGCUAGUGAUGACAGAAGCGCAGAACUAUUCAAAAAUAAAGUUGAGUCCUCAAUUCAGAUGCAGGCCGUGAUCGGUGACGAUUGUCGGCCAAACUGCUUAGUGAUUGAUGAGAUAGAUGGCGCCCCUGCGCCUGCUAUAAAUCACUUGAUCGCACAGAUCAAAGCGGGUGAAGGUGAAUCGAAGUCGGAGCAUGGUGAAAAGAAGAAAAAGAAGAAGCAGCCAUUGUUGCGGCCCAUAAUCUGUAUAUGUAAUGAUCAGUAUGCUCCAUCCUUAAAGAAUCUUCGGCCGCUUUCGUUACUGCUGCAUUUCCCCCCAACCCUCACCACCAGGUUGGCGUCAAGACUUCUAGAGAUAUCCCGGAAGGAACGACUAAGGGCUGACCUGACCACGUUGCUCGCCCUCUGCACAAAAUCAGAUAAUGAUAUUCGGUCUUGUGUCAAUACAUUGCAAUUUGUGAAAGGUCAGAAACAUGAACUGACUAUGAGAGAUGUGCAGUCCGCCAGUAUCGGGCAGAAAGAUCUACAUAAAAGUUUUAUAGAAGUUUGGAAGAGUAUAUUCACGUUACCUCGUGCCAGUAGAACACAAUAUAUCAACCCCUAUGACAGGAAUAAUGACAACCGGCGUGAUUUAUCCGAUAUGGUCAACCAAAACAGCACAUCUAUGACUUCCCGGUUCUUCAAGGUGCUAAGUGUUGUGCAGGCGACGGGAGAGUAUGAGAAAAUCACACAAGGAAUGUUUGAUAACUAUCUAGAGAUGAGAGUUAAAGAUCCCAGGAUGGAGUCAAUAAACACUGCCAAUGACUGGUUAGCUUUUGUUGAUCAAAUCAACCAGAGGAUACAAAAGAGUCAAGACUACUCUACGAUGCGUUACAUUCCGUUCCUGAUGGUAUCGUUUCAUCUCCUCUUUGCCGCGACGAACGUCCCAAGGAUUCAGUAUCCAAAAAGCGCUUAUGAGAAUCAUCUUAAAAUGACGAAAUGUAGUAAUCUUGUGACCGCCCUGUUAGAGGACAUGGUGCCCGGCGUUCGACACUUUUUGAAUGGGCCAACAGUUGUUACAGACCUCCUGCCACCGUUACUGGACAUCUUGCAACCGUCUCUUAGGCCAGUGAAUACACAGCUGUACAGUGCUCGAGAGAAGGCGGACAUGAUGUUACUAGUCAAGAUUAUGAUUGCGUAUAAUCUGACGUACCGCCAAGAAAAGUCGAUGGAGGGCACGUACAACUACAGUCUUGAACCACGUGUUGAUGAGGUUGUACGAUUCCCUGGCAUGAAGCAAAAGAGGCAGAUGACAUAUGUUGCUAAACAACUGAUAGCGAGAGAGAUUGACCUCGAAAAGAUGAGACAGAACGACAGAAGGGAACCUUCGUUCCAAAUGCCAAAUAAGUCUGGUGCUAUGAAAAAGGCGAGUGAUCCAAAGACUGUCUCAACUAAAGCACAGGUUGUGCCAAAUCACAUGAAGAAACUGGAACCAAAAGCUGUGCCAACAGUAAAAGAGGAUGAUGUUAGUAAAGAUUUCUUCGGCCGGACUGUUGAGAAACCAACUCACAUUGUCACAAAGAAAAAGAAGUCAGAUGAUGCGGAGAGCCUCCUGAGUGGUUCUAUUUGGUUCCAUUUCAAAGAAGGAUACUCGAACGCUGUAAGGAGGACUAUUCGCAUCCAGGAUUUGCUUUAGAGGAGAAAUACUGUUAAAGACGACAACGACCAAACGAUCACGGAAACUGCUGGCUUAAUGUGCUGUACCUUAACCAAAGGAACUUUAGAGUACUGUGCUGUUGUUGGCCCAAACCUGGAGGCUUUACUUUCACAUCAGUGCGUUUGUCCAUUUUCCCUCAAGGCCUGUUUAAUCAUGACAUGUUUGGCAGUAACUUAGCGUUAAGUUGAAUCAGGCUCAAAGAGGUACAUGUAAGUGCCAGGUUAAAAUCAUCCCUUAGUUAGUGACUUGUCUUGUUUCGAAUUUGAAUAACGUUUAUACUUACCCUGUUUUGAAUAAAAAAAGAGAGACUUUUGGGUAGCAAACGUAAAUCUUUCCUUGGUAUUUUAAAGUAUCAAUUCGGUAGAGGGGAGAAAAUUUCAGGAUCGACUUAUUCCUGAUCUUUCACCCCUGCUAUUACAAUGGCACAUUGUGAAGCUCACCCCAAGUGACAUCCCUUUGAUUCUUAGCUCAUCAGUAAUCUGGUUUGCAUUAGUGAUUCGAAGCGAACUCAAGAUCAGCAUCCCGAGUGCUGACAAUGAGGAGGCUCGCCCGCAAAGAAUAUAUCGUGAUGUCCCUGGGGACGCAUAUCCCAUCAAGCUAAACUGAUCUAACUCGAGUCCUAUUGCUGACGGAAUAACAAAACUCACUCCGCGUGUAAACAGUUAUUAUCGCAGCCUCGUUAUGAGUGUAUCGCUGUUAGCCGCUAGGGAGAUUCCCGUUGAUCAGAUGUGGAUAUCCAGCGAGCACCCUAAGCAAAAUUCUAUUUAAUCCCAGCCAUCAUUUGCACUUAAUCAGAAUGGUUAUUUAAUUUAGUAAUUGCCAAAUUACGAUUUGCCUACAAAUUGCUUAAUGAUAUGUUCUGGUAUGACAUUUGGGCUGAUCAUGGUUCCCGCGGCAAGUCUACCGCGAGUCAUCAGCUUUCCCGCGCUGAUAUGAUUAUCGUUAGAGUGGAAAAGCAGGGCUAUGAAUAUAGAUACACAAUGAUAGAAUUGGGAGUCGGUAACCACAUCAUGCUUCUGUUAUAUGCCUAUCAGACGUUAUGACAUUACCGACACUUGGGAGGAAUCAGGCGCUAAUUUCGACAGCAGGUUCUCCUCGCCGAUGAUGAGCGGUGUAACCUUCGGGGCCCGCGCUCGCCGAGAUUUACAUAUUCUUCAGCUCGGCGUAUUAAGUAAAAUCACAAAAUUACGCUGAUUUUGAUGAGAAUUAUGUGGAGAAAAUUGAAUAAGUGAUUUAUCAUGGGUCUGGGAUGUUGAGUAAUCUUGACAAUGAAUCUGAAUUAUGAUCCGCCAAUUGGAACAUAUCAUUAAAUUUGCCACGUUUCUGAUUCAUAUUACUCCUGAUCUGCCGGAGAUGAUGACGAAUUUAUUAUAUACCCGCGAUUGGCAUAUUUCAUAUUUGUUUGGUGAAAGUCCCGCGGCUUAUUUCUCGUGGCCAGAAGAUUGGUGAUUUAUCCUAGCCACUCGUGACAAAGCACCACGGAAAAAUUCUGAUACAAUUUUCUUCUUAUUUUCUAGUGAUUUGCUCCUCUUUUUUCCUCACUUGUUAUUUCCCUUCGUUGGUAUGCCAUUCGAGUAGAUUAGAUUUGGUACUUUUUGGUCAUUACUGAUAGAUUAACCCAUGUGGUUUCUCGCAUGAGGGAUGAUCAUGGUGGCUAUAAGCAAGAACACAUAAAAUGGAUGUCCCACACAAAUGCUGAGGUGGCAUGCACUGUUUGAUCUUGGGUCCAAAUGAUUGAGUUCUUAUGAGAUUGUGCACCCAAGUAUUUCGAGUAUUAAAUUGUGUCUGAAAAUGUCUUCCAGAAAAUGCGUUUUGUGUAAUUUGUAUAACAUGAGGUUGCAUUUAUCACUA